UCGACAUCGAAAUAUCAAAAUUCCCGUGCUCACGGACCUGCACGAGGAGCUCAAGAACCUUAUCGUGUAUUUGUUGACCCGCUCCUUUCCUUGGCAGCUCUUGCGAACGAAGAUAACAUCAAGAUCCGAACCAGCAAUGACGGCGACUGACAAGACCUCCGUUGAGGUAGUCGUCGAGAACCAAGUGUUUCAGAUAGAACGGAGGCUACUUAGCAAACACAGCAUUUUCUUCCGCGAAUGUCUGGGGCAAGAUAAGAACAAGAACAAGAAUAAGCUAAAGCUAUCUGGCAUUUCUGCUGAAACCUUCAACAUUUUACUCGACUACAUGAAGACUGGCCAGCUGAACAUAACACCAGACAACGCUUCGGACAUAUUCAUCGCUGCACUACGUCUCCACAUGUCCGACGCGGUCAAGAGAUGUAUUAAGAUGAAUGUGGCGACUACCCCAGUAGGAGUGCACGUGUUGAAGUACUCAGCAGCGCGGAGGCUUCGCCUCCAAGAAGAGGAACAACGUUCUUUCAAUUAUUUGAUCACCAAUUUCCUAUCUGUUUCUACUACCAAGGAAUUCCUCGAUAUGAAUAUUGAUGAUCUUAUGCGGCUCUUGUCAGCAGAAUCGCUGGGAUGUAACUGUGAAUACGAAGUCUUUGAAGCAGGUAUGCGAUGGUUAGACUACAAUCCGAGAGUGCGAUACAAGCACGGAGAUCAGAUUAUGUCGCAAGUGAUGUUCCACAACAUGGACCUCACCCAGCUGCAUCAGUGCCACGAGAACCCGGGCGUUGCACAGAUGCCUGAGGUCCGACAUCGAAUUCUUAAUGCUAUAAAUUCUUGGCUAAUUAAUGAGAAAUGGAGAAAUGAGGUCGAAAUGAAGGGCGAGGCCGCUGGAAGAGACAUUGCAGAAGAGGAUACUUCAACCGCAACGCAAGCUUCCGACAGGGAAGGCUUUCGCUUAUCUUCAAGUGCUGGAGCGAGUGCUACCUGCGCGUCCUCUGACACUUCUCUCCUGGACAAACCGCAAAAGGCAGGGACGGCCGGGUUGGUCAUCGCAGACGCUCCCGCACGAGGUGCCCAGCACGGCUUCACCGGAGACAGUGAACGCGUUGACACAGGACAGGUCCCCAAGCAUUCCGCACAGUCGAGAGUACCCCGUUUCUUUACAAGCAGUUCGCACUUGUUCGAUAGCAGAUCCGUCGACCCGCGUGCAUAUCCCACAAACACAUCUGGUUCAAUCGUCGAAGAAGAAAUGGAAGAGCGACACAUCACAGAGUGUCGCACGGAGGAAGUUCGGACCAUACGCCGCAUCAGAAGAAUUAAGACCAAGUCAGAGACGUUCGAGGAGGAAAACGUUUGGGUAAAGAGGGACGGUUGUAGUACGUUGACUCUGAGGUACAAGGGACCUACUAUCCCUUCUCAAGAAGCCGCGUCUAUGCCAGGUGAAAGAGAAGAGUUUACUGUUAAUUCGGCUACUUUCGAACCGGAAACGGAUGUAAGUCACACCAGAUAUAUUGUGCAUGAAGCGACACCUGCCGAAGUCAUCGAGAAAUCCGUUACAAAGAGCUAUGAGUCCUCAGAGCGUUCUAGAAAAACUAAAAGCGGGACAUCCGUAGGUGAAGAAGCAUCACAAGUACGUCCGGACACUGCAUCCACUAGUACUUCAGGGGCAUCUGAGGCGCCUUCCAUUGGCUCAGUAGGAGUGAUAGGUGGUAUAUCGGAAAAUGCCGAGAUAGCUGUAUCGGGACCCCGGAAGCUGAUAGACACGGAGUCAGCUUCCCUAUACAGCCUCCCGUUUGGUGACGAACUGCGUCCAGAGACUGCACCAGCGAUCAGCUCUGACAGGCUCAUUGAAGAAAGUUCGGGUUUUGACGGCAGAGUAUCGUUAACAACAUCAGAGGAUAUUACGUUCCUGUCACUAAGACGUACUGGACCAUCUCCGUACACAUCCAGAGAUUUGGCUCUUGAGACUACGGCGCAGGAAUCAGCGGAAGAGGUACCCAGUUCGUGGACACUCUCCCAAACAGCUUUACCGUCUCUCGUAGCACAUCAACCCACACUGCUAUUCGCACCUGUAGCCCAAGAGGGAAUGAGAAAGCAGAGUUCUACGUAUGAUACAUCUGAUACCCUAUAUGUGGAUCUUCAUGCCCCUUCUGGUGUGCCAAUUCAUGGCACGGAAAUAAAAGCCUUGCCAGGUAGCACAGGUAAAGUGGCCAGUGGACUUCGUGGCUUCCAGGCUUCGCAGGAAACUUCUGGGAUUACCGAACCUUCAAUCUCACCUGAACCAAGCGAGAUGUUUGUUUCCCUGCCGAGCAUGCCUUCAUUAUUUUCGCACAAAGCCGCAGAGUCAUAUUCGCACGUGUUACAAGAAGCUCCAGAACGUGAUGCAGCUCAAGCGAUUAGACCAUCAGAGCUAGCCCACCGACCUGUCUACCUGUUUUCUACACAGCCUUCGCUUGGUGUUGUGCAAGGAUCAUCCGAGACGCUCAACGUGGCAGUUGGAGAAAUUGAAGGCCCCUCAAGUGAAGCGGCACUAGAUCAAGGUCUACCGGAGUUGUCAGAACGUUUGGUGCCCACCGUUUCUAUAAGUUCUUCCGGUGAUCAAGCUGUACACGUGUCUGGUGAGACGACAGAGCGUGAGCCACCUUCAGAGAAGCCUAUUCUACUUUCACCAGGACAUAUCGUCACCAAGCAACUUACAACUCCUCCCCAAGAACCCCAGAAAGUGUACGAUACGUCACAAACGGCUAUCAUUGAAUAUGAAGGCCCAUCAUUUGGGACAGAUGCGGUACAGGAGCUGGAACUUCAAGAACCUCCUGAGCGUCUGGUCCCGACAGUGUCCAUCAGCUCAUCGGAACCACAGCUUUCGACUAUGUCCGAACAAAAAGCGAUGCCGUCCCUACUGGCACAUCGAACGGAGUUCUUGUUCACCUCCGAAACACCGCGAAGUUCUUCAGAGCCUACAUCUGUAGAAUUGACAGCGGAGCAGGAGGUACAUGUCAAUGGAAGUGAGGAAGUUAGUGAAGCAUCAGCAACAGUUGAGGUUCGCAAAUAUCUAUCAUCAGCAGGGACUAUACAAGGCUUGGGCGCUGCGAUUUCAGAAAGUUUCGACGAACAGCUGGUACCUGCUAUUUCUGAAGAGCAUCAUUUAGGGCAGAAAAUUUUACCUUCAUUAGUUGCGCAUCAGCCCGUGGUGUUCUUUGUUCCCGAUGGAGCAUUGCUCAUGGCCGAAACAGGCAGCUCAUCAGAACAGUUCACAUCUGCAGAACUCACGGCGGCUUUUCGCAAAUCGGAAGACGUGCGUGUAUCCGGUGAUUCAUUGGAACGUCCUUUGGUUGGAAUUACUACGGAACACGAUAUAAGGUUUCCAGAGGCGCCGAAAAGCCUGCCCCCUACAGUUUCAAUUAGUUCUUCCGACGAACUAUCGCCAGCUAUCGAUGAGAAGGUUGUGCCACAGCCUGAUCAGAGAAUUCUAUAUUCUGCAGUGGCACAUCAACCUGUCACGCUAUUUCGUUACGAUGCGUCCCAGUUCGCAAUGGAACCAAGCAUUUCACCAGAACUGUCAGAAGACAGACAUGUCACUGCAUUAGCAAUGGCAAAACCGAUAGAGGACACCACGACAGACCUCAAACGGGAGCAACCAGCAGGUCUACCCGCGGGGGAGAAGGAAUCCUCCAAACCAGGAGAUACAAAACGAUUCGUUGCAGCAGUUCCUUUUGAAGAGCCAUCAGUUGUGGAGGAGCAAGGCUCUGAACGAGUGCAGAAAAUCCAGCCGUCCGUAUUAGCACAUCGUCCUGUCAUGCUCUUCUACGAUGCAGCUGGUGUCCACGAAACGCCAAAGCAAAGUCUACCGACCCCGGUAGAGAAGGUUACUCCCUCACAAGCACCUCUAGAAGAACGUCCAGUUACAAUAGAGAAUGUAUCAGAAGACGUCGACACUUCAUUCGUUAGUCCGGUUGGUCAACUCGUUCCAUACGAGACAGAUGUGAUAGAACUCGAAGCAAUUCGGUCAGCGCCGCCACCUAUAUUAGAGCAUCAGCCUCUCCUUCCUGGCGAAUUGCAACAAAGUUCAUUAGAGUUUGUCACCACAAAAGACGUUACUCUACAGGGAUCGCCUGCUGGACUAUUUGAUCAAGAACCCGGUAAGCCAUGCGCAUCGCCUGCAGGGAUGAAGGAGCAGGAAAGAAUACCAAUAACAUUCGACAGACAGCCAGGCAAGUCAUCCACAGAGCCUGCGGAGUUAGCAGUGGAAGUUCAGGCACCUGCCAUAACCUUUGAGUCACAUGAACCAGAUAGCGAAAUACUAUCCAUAGUGCCUGCGGAAGAAACAAAGGAACAGCAGGCGAUAGCCAUUGUCUACGAACGACACGAACCGGACAGCGGACAACCGUCCGCAGAGAUAAAAGAACAGCAAAUACCAGAAAUAACAUUUGAUCGACAAGAACUAGAUAGCAAAGGUUACUCCACCACAGCUGAUGGAACAAGAGAACAGCAAAGACUAGCAAUAACUAUGGGAGAAGAGCAUGGGGAAGUCAGAGCUGAUGAAGUUGAGACAUUUCAACCGUCCCAAAUAGCCCAUAUGCCUGUCGCGAUGUUCCACUAUAAAGCUCCAGAUGUAAAAGGAGGACCAAUCCUGCCAGCUUACUCAGAGGAACUUCCACCAAAAGUAUUCGCAUUGGAACAAAGAGCGCUAACACGAAAAGAAGACCUGAUUCCAGUGGAUGCACUGACAAUGGAACAAGAUAUACCAGCACUGGAGUACGCACCCCAGCACGAAGCUCCGCGUGUACCGAAGCAGGCACAUGAAACGGCAGGGAAGGAAGUGACUGAAUAUGAAAUGACUUCAACAACAACAACAAACAAAUUUGUUCCUCCGAUUAUUAGUAGGAAAGUUGCACAAGAAGAAAUGCACCCGUCGUCGAUGGAACAGAAGCCGGCCGUGGUGACCCCUCUUGUAACAGUACAAAUGCCGGGAGAGGCAAGCAGCUUGUCGGAAUACUUGAGCACAAAGGAAUCGCGAAGGGAUGCCAGGAGUCAAGAAGCAGUCAGCGAACAAACCUUUGAAGCACUCCAAUCGACUGGAGCCACGACGGAGCGAGAUGUCGAAUUGUCUAGGCCAGUCACAGUUGACAAGAGAGAGCCUCACCCGGACCAGCCAUCUUUGUUAGCACACCAGCCUGUCCUGCUCUUUUCUUACACGACGUUACCGCAGUUGACAGCUGAAGCUAGCAGUAUGUCUGAACUGUUCACGGCAAAAGAGUUGUCUACUGCUUUUCAAGCACCGCAGGAGAUCGUAAGCUUUCGGAGUGAAGACGUUCCUUCGGUUGAAGGUUGGCCUGCCCGUCCCAGCGACAGCUCUUCUUCUCAACAACGAUUCGGUACAAGCAUUUCUGAAACCACUUUACUAGGCGCUGCACAAGCGCAUCUGCCUUCCUUGCUGGCACACCAGCCAGUAUUCUUGUUUUCUGCAAUACCUUUAGGCGCGGUGAAAAGCGUCAGUUCACUUGAAGGCACCCAGGAAAUAGCAGCAGCUUUGAGAGAAGCGUUUAAAAUUAGCGACACUUCUCGAACGCAAGGUGAAGAGGGGAAAGAGCAAACCACGACUCCAGGUGUCCACCGCGAUGUAGAUGGCGAUACCUCCGUUACACCCACCAGUUCCUCAUCUCAGGAUAAAAUGUUCAAGACUGUACUUGCAACUCCGUCAGCCACGGAAGAGGAAAUUAUUCCGGCUGAACUUAUUUCGACGACAGUGCAGGAAUGGGCAUCUCCUGAACUUCCUACGGAGAUUUCACAUGAAGAAACCUCAGAAACGCGUGAUAGGUUCCUGUCUGCAGAUGCCUCCGAAAGUGGCAAGGAAUAUGCUGAAGGCGUUUCGUUGGGGUGUUCGGGCAUGCCCUGGCACCCUAGCGCAUUUGUGCCAGACAUGAGCCAGCAAGUUUAUCUUCUACGAGAAGGACAAGGUCCACUCCAAGAUGCGGGGCAUAUAUUACGAUGUCAGCCCCCAGACAGCAGACCCGUCGAGAGUUCAGAAGGCUUUGACGAGAAAAGCAGGAAGAGCAGCACAGGGACGCCCAGCGAUUCUGAGAUACCAGUUUCCAAAAUAGUCGUGUCAAAGAAGGAAGAAAGCACAGAUUUGAGCGGGGAAGAUAAGACUUUCUUGUCAAUAGAGACUCAUGCUGAUGACGCCUCGGAAAUAUCUUUGGUUCCGUCGAGGGAAACACCUGGAAGUGGGGAAACACAAGAACAAGAGGUCGGAUCAUCUUACCGAAGGGAUUCAAGUACACCUGAGGAAGUAACAGACGCAGCACCGAAGCAGGAAGAGCGCUUGCAGGAAACUCAAUUGGGGCUACGUGGACAUGAACCACAAACAACCGGUGACAUUGUUCAGCAUGGGGAGAAAUCUAGCGAAGUACUCGGGGAGGGUCAAAUGAUUCUUCCUGUUUUAUAUGACGAGCAACCAAACCAGGUUUCAUUAGAGGCGGGAAAGCACAUGCCUUUGUUAAGCUCAGAUACAGGGGUGUCAUCCGCAACGCCUACAGCGCGAACCAUAAGUUCAGAUAUAUUACCGGAAGGGGUGGGAUCAGAGCCUUUGCUAUCGUUUCCGCAAGCGACACAAAGCUCCGGGAAUGAAAUUCCACUUCAAACCGCAUGGAAAGAAGACUCGUCUCCCCUGAAGCCUUCAACACCACCGGGUGUCCCAGCCGUGUCCGAAGGUGUCAGUUCCGGAAAAGAAACUGCGAUAGAGUCUGAGCUUGUGCAGACAAGGGAGCCAACGAAAGUCGAGGAAGAACACCCUGUACCUGCAGCUUUACCGCUUACUGUGAAACCUAAGGGAGAGACAAAACAACCGGGUCGGGAAGCUGGGAAGGCGAUGCAAACCCCCAAGAGACAGUUCAUUUUGCAGAAGACACGGAUAAUCGCGGUCACUCCAACGCACUCCGUCGAGUUGAUAGAAGAAAGUGUCACUCCUGGAAUUUUUCAAGCCGCCAUUUUAGAAGAAUCUGAAAGUUCCUCGAACACUCAAAAGAAGCAACGUGAGAAACCUGUCGAAAAGAAUGAACACUCAGAUGAUGACACUAGCGUCAAGGAAUCAUCUGAUAACGACACUCCAAACCUGAAAGGUCGCGUGGUCAAGCGUAAGCACACUAGGUCCGCUGGAAGGCUUGGCGCAAAGUCUCCUGUUGUAACGCGGACGCGAAUCUUUGCCGGAGGUCCGACACACUCCGUGGAAAUGGUCACAGAGAAGUCUGUUAUGAAUACCAAGGACCUUGAAACAACAUCCGGCCACACUGACAUGUCAUUACCUCCUGUAGCGGGCAAGAAAGAUGGCGCAGACCGUGUUUCUCCACAUCAAGGAGAGUUGAUGAAUGAAGCUUACAAAAGAGAAACAAAGGAGAACGGCAUGAUAGAGAUGAAGCAAAACACUGACAAUCUCAGUCGGAUUGAAGACAACUUGAACAUGGUCUUCCAUACCUUGUCCACUUCUGAGCACUUGCCUGCAUUUCAGAGUGCAUUUGAAGACAUCCCUGGCAUACAAACAGGCAGUGCGCAGGAGUCAGUCCGGGUCGACAGGCUUACAUCUUCAGAUAUAUUUAAAAGCGCUAUGGAUAAGUUCUCAUCGGCAGUGAAUAUCCCUGAGUACAGAGAUGCCGAUAUAGACGUGUCUCCGGUAUCAACUCGAAGCACGUUACAUGCUACGCGCGAAAAUCCCGCCCCGACCUUCCCACCGGUUUUGUCGUCAUACGUCACUAUGCACGUAGAACGUAAAGAUCCAAAAGAUAAACCGUACGAUAAGCGGGAGGUGGGCCUGGCAGACAGAAAAACGGUAUCUGAACCGAGCCUAUCUCUCCAAGAUCCGGAUCUCCCAUCGUUGGGAAGCUUUCCAGGGCAUGAGUUUCUUGCUGAAGCCGUUGUACCACAAGAAAGAACAGCGAGAGCAACAAGCGAUUCUGUUGCGUGGACACGAGAGACGGUACCAGGAGCAAAUUUCACGACCGAAGGAAAUAAAGUUAAGUCAGAAACAAGCCCUCGAAAGCGAUCUGCGGAGGCCUCACCGAUGUCGGAUCGUGGGGCGGCGCCAGUGAAAGCAGUGAAAAGAAAAGUCGUGCGGAAAACAAUCUCGAGAAGAAGGGAAAGUACGAGAUCCUUAACGUAUCAAGGCAUGGGAACAGUGGAACGCACAGGAGCCAGUUUGCAGUCAAUGACUACGCAAGAAGUGCUUGACGAGUACAGUGAGGAGUCGUAUGACCCUCCAGGGACGAUUUUGCCACAAUCUGUACAGUCUAUGGCGCCGCCGUUAGCAUCGCCCAUAGCAUCGCCAUCGAGCACAGAGCUAGGCGCACAGCAGACGUCGAUCUCAAAGCCAUGCAGCAGGGACAGUCCCUCUCCGAAGCCAAAGAAGAACUAUUCUGUAGCAAUUCGAGUAACCGACGAUUACGUGAAAGAGAGAGGAUCUGAAGACUGUGCAGGUUCAGAUGCACCUCAUGAACAACCGUCAGAUCACCUCAACACGUCAGCUCCUCACAUGGAACUCGGAGCAGAGAAGGAACCCGCUGGCCGAAAGUUAGAUUUCGGAGAUUCGAAUCAGGUGUACGAGGCAACUGCACCCAAGGAUGAUGCAGAUAACGAUGACGAUUAUCCGCCUUCACUUAACACAUUUAAGAAGUUCGGACGUAAAGAUUCGAUCGCCGUAACAAAGAUUAGAAUGUUGAGAGCACAAGCGUCGGAAGGCGAGGAUGAGGUCGAGGACGUGGAGGAAGACUACGCUGCUGGGCAAGAUAAGGAUAGCACGAAGCAUCAUCUUUCGUUUCAAAAACCAACGGUCAUCGCGCUUUCUCCGGAAGCGUCCUCAAGGGAAGUCAGUAACCCAUUUUGUUCUCAGCAAAAUGAUCGCGUCAAGACAGGAGAUUCGGAGAAUACUAAGGGAACCAAUGACGCUGAGUCAAAGGUUUAGCAAGACCGAACGAAAGGAAGUCUGCUUCAUUUGAUGCCAAUCAGCGCCGCUUCCGAUACGCGAUCGGCGCUUUCGAGCAGGCAUUCCUAAAAGCGCCUGUGGAGUGCAGGUUCGAUCAGCAAUCACGAGCAACCCUCCUCUGGGGGCGUAAUUUGUACUACGAUAUGAUGGCGCACGAGAAUAAAAUGAUUGCUUUA